UCCUCCAGCUCAGCUGAAGUUUCGGGCACAGUUAUUCACUCGUCUUUCCAGACUCGUGAGGUUUCUGUCUUUGUGUGAUCUGGAGCCAAGGAAAAAAAUACUGUAAACGGAGGAGUACCAACCAGCGACCGAUCAAUCAUCCCCCCUCCUCUUUCAUCAUGUGUUUAAAGUUUCUUCCGUAUUGCCAAUGCGUAUCAAUAAUCCGUAUUUCCGAGGAUUGGGAAAAGAACACACUGGCGAUACUAAGAAAAGAGUAAAACCAAAUACAGAAAAUAUAUGACCUUUGUCAUCUUUUGAGGAAAAGAAUUAACUGGACCGGAGAGUCGUACGAAAAGCAGCCAGGUCUAAACAAUCGCAGCCAUGGACAUCCCUCGUGGGCCAGCAGAUUUCGGAGAACCGGGAAGAAUACAACUGUUUAACGGGUCUGCUUUUCCGACGAAUUAUACCGCUUAUAACCAGACGGACGGCUUGCUGCCCACCAGUGUCAAGAUAACCAUUGUUGUCGUGUACAUGGUCGUCUGCGUGGUAGGACUCGUGGGAAACUGUCUGGUCAUGUACGUAAACCUCAGGUACACAAAAAUGAAGACGGCCACCAACAUCUACAUCUUUAACCUGGCCCUGGCAGACUCGCUGGUGCUGGCCACGCUGCCAUUUCAGGGCACUGACGUCUUCCUGGGCUUCUGGCCCUUCGGGAACGUCCUGUGUAAGGUGGUCAUCUCCAUCGACUAUUACAACAUGUUCACUAGCACGUUCACGCUCACCGUGAUGAGUGUGGACCGCUACAUCGCGGUGUGCCACCCGGUCAAGGCCCUGGACAUGCGCACGCCCCACAAGGCCAAGGUGGUCAACGUGUGCGUCUGGGCCUUGGCCUCAGCCAUCGGGGUGCCGGCCAUGGUCAUGGGGGAUGUGGAGGUGGAGCACAACGGAAUCGAGUGUAUCGUGGUAUUGCCAGACCCGCGUAGCUACUGGGAACCUGUGUUUGGCACCUGCGUGUUCCUCUUCUCCUUCGUGGUGCCGGUGGCCAUCAUAAGCGUGUGCUACAGCCUGAUGGUGAAGCGGCUGCGCAGCGUGCGGUUGCUGUCGGGCUCACGGGAGAAAGAUCGCAACCUGCGGCGCAUCACGCGCAUGGUGCUGGCUGUGGUGGCGGCCUUCGUGGUGUGCUGGACGCCCGUGCAGAUCAUGGCGCUGGCCCAGUCCCUUGGCGUCAACCUAGGCAGCCUGCUGACGGUGGCUCUCAUGCACUUCUGCAUCGCCCUGGGCUACGUCAACAGCAGCCUCAACCCCGUGCUCUACGCCUUCCUGGAUGAGAACUUCAAGCGCUGCUUCCGGGAGUUCUGCCAGCCCGGAUCCUUGCACACGGACGCACCGCCGCGGGUCCCGGCACGUGCCUCGGGGGGGCCCGGUGUGCGGGGGGACACCUACGAUUACGGCUGUGGGUCUGCCGAUGGACACGGCCGUCCCGCAUGACUAGAUGUGGAGCUGCCUCUGGCUGGAACAGGACCGCCCAAGCCAGGCAGCUCCAACAGCGAAGUGACCCAGAUCACCAACCUGUAGCUAUGCAGGCUUGGAGACAAGCAUGUAAAUACACACACACACACAAUUCCACAUGGGACAAAGGGGCUCUCGUCUUUACUGUCUAGCAUCACUGCGGCUUUGAAGGCUGCUCUUUAAUUUUUGCACGGUUUGCUGGUUGACAUUUCCAUCAUCAUGCUGUAGUAACGAAGAACUCGGGUUUAUACAGAAGCAUCACAAACUGAUUAAACGUGGUUGCGAGACACCAAAUCAAUUGGGGACCCAUCUGCAUAGAAAUGAAAUUCUUGUCAGUUUCACAUGGACUCCAGCAUGGACAGUUGAGCACUUCAUAAAAGCAGAAGAAAAUAUUUUUUCUGACAGUAAAAAUCUGGUAAAAAAAAGACCCAGACAACAGUAGAUGAUAUUUCCCUGUCUAGAUUUCCAGCCGGCCUUUAACUGGGUCUUUGGGUGAAAACCCCAUCCGGACAAAUUGGGCCAAAUAAUAUCUUCUUGACUAUUAUCAUAUAUACUAAUGUUGAAUAUAAAUGCAUGUCACCAAUAUUAGAUCAACUAUCAGAUCAAAACAGAGGAAAAUGAGUAGUGUGUGGUGCUGCGGCGUUUGUAACAGGCCUUUGUGCCGCCUAGAAAGGUUGCUGGUUCAAAUCCUAUGACUGGCAGUGUGGCUUCACCACUGAGCACUUGAUCAAGGCCCUUAACCCCAAACUGAUCCCAGGAUUGUCAACCCCUGCUUUCUCAAAAAUAUAUGUUGCUUUGGGAAAAAAAAAGUAUUUGCUAAUAAAUGUAAUGUUUGCAAAACUGCUCAUGGCACAAUUGCCCUUCACUGAUGUUUGAAAGGAGCCAUUUGGCCAAGAUGGGGAAGGAACGUGGACACUAUCCUAACACCAUCCUCAUGUGUGGAGAGAUUUGUGGGAGGGUCAUCAUAAUCUGAAAUAACGUACCUGUCACUGAAAUGACCAAAAAAGGCUUUGUUUAUGUGUUGAUAAUGAUGUUGAUUGGUCACAGUGAUUAAUGAUGGUUUUAUAUAGUGCACUGAAGAUAGCAUACCAGUAUCACUACAGUGGACAUUCACUGAGCACAGUUACUGUGUACCUGUGGUGCGGCUGGAUUGUUGGAACUGGUUUAUAAACAGAUGAACUUUACAGACACUAAGGAAAGAAGACAAAUCCUCUAUAAAUAUUAUGUAUAUAUAUUGUCAUGCCAAUUAUGAAGACUUGAAAUGUUUUCUUCCCUGCAUUGUGAGAUUUUCAGAUAAAUGGACGCAACAUACAGUAGCACCCUCCACCCCACACGACUUACACUUCAGAAAGGUUUUAGCUUUUUGUAAAUGCUGUGAAACGGGAAAUUGUUCAUCCAGUUGUUGCUUUCUGCUAGACAAUUGCUUCAAAUUUUUUUACAAUUUUGACUUUUAGCUGUAGUAUAUAUGUUUUGCCGAGCAGGGAAAGAUAUUGCAGAGGAAAUGCUCUGAUUUACCCUUCCUUAGUGGUGGGACAUCCUGAACCAGAGAAUAAGUGGACAAAGAAACAAAUCUAAAAUCUCAGCCACGUCUUGAAGCCAGCGUUACAGCUUGUUUGGUGUUUCUAUUGUAUCCAGUACUUCUGGACAGGAAACACACCGUGCUUUACAAGUGUAUAAGGAUAUUUUGUUUACAAUGAAUACUUAAUGGCCUGUGAAACCUGAUGUUUUGUGAUUAUUUGUUCCUGCUAUUUUGAUGAAUAUAAGAAACUGUUUGACAAAAAAAGUAGCCUAUAAUAGACCAAAAACAGUUUUAUUUAUAUGUAAAUAAACAUGUAAAAACAGCUAUGGUAACUGCAGGGCAAUAUUGCUCUUAAUUAACAGUACUUUGUGUUGUGUUUAGGCUCUUGUACUGUGAAUUGUCAUUUUGCUCUUGUGUAAGACAGAGAGAAUUGUAUUCAGUUAUUUUCAAACAGCCAAGUGUUAACCAAC